AGGGUACCUUUGCUUUUUACAAAUUUAUGCAAAACCCACCCCAAAUUAUUCCCAAGGAGAAAGUGGUUUCUGCCUCUGCGUGUGUACUUUGUUGCUUUCUUCCCUAAGUCCUCACCCCUCGAACGCCCUUGUCCUGUCCCUUCCUUUCCUUGCAAUUUACAUACCAAAACGUUUCAAAGUUCUAAACUUUGCAUUGAUACAGUCUGUAUUCUCGCUUUGGUAUAUAUAGCCACGAUAUAAUACGCCGAGGGAAGAAGGAAGACGCCAUUAGCGAGCUGAAAGACUUUUCUGCUCUUUUGGGCUACCGGCUGCUGUUUCUGCUUCUUUCAAUCUCUCCCCAGUACCGCGAAACAACCCUUUGUGGGGAAAGUUGGAACGAGUAAUUUGGAGAAACAUAAUGGCGGCGACGGCAACGGCGACGGCUGCUUCCACCACCUCUUGGCAGCCACAAGAAGGUGGUGUGAAGGAGAUCUGCGCGUUAUUGGAGCUCCAGAUUUCACCUUCUUCAACAGCUGAUAAGUCCCAGAUUUGGCAGCAGCUGGAACACUACUCCCAGCACCCCGAUUUCAAUAACUACCUAGCUUUCAUUCUCGCCCGUGCCGAGGGUACAUCAGUGGAAAUUCGACAAGCUGCGGGUCUACUACUGAAGAACAACCUCAGAAAGGCUUACAAGUCCAUGACUCCUGAAAGUCAACAAUACAUUAGGUCAGGGUUGCUCCCAUGCUUAGGAGCACCUGAUAAGCAUAUAAGGUCAACUGUUGGGACAAUCAUUACUGAAAUAGUGCAGCUUGGGGGAAUACUGGGAUGGCCGGAAUUACUACAGGCUCUUGUUACUUGCAUGGAGAGUAAUGACUUGAAUCACAUGGAAGGUGCGAUGGAUGCCUUGUCUAAGAUUUGUGAAGAUGCUCCUCAGCUACUGGAUGCUGAUGUGCCUGGCUUACCUGAUCGUCCCAUCCAGAUUUUCCUUCCUCGACUGUACCAGUUUUUCCAGUCACCACAUACCUCUUUGAGAAAAUUGGCCCUGGGUUCCGUAAAUCAAUACAUUAUGUUGAUGCCAGCUGCUCUAUAUGCAUCCAUGCACCAGUAUCUCCAGGGCUUGUUUGUUCUUGCUCAUGACCCUGCUCCGGAAGUUCGAAAAUUGGUUUGUGCAGCUUUUGUUCAGCUGAUUGAGGUCCGCCCGUCAUUCCUCGAGCCACAUUUAAAGCAAGUCAUGGAGUACAUAUUGCAAGUCAACAAGGAUGCUGAUGAAGAAGUGGCUCUUGAAGCUUGUGAAUUUUGGUCUGCAUAUUGUGAUACUCAGCUGUCAUCUGAGAACUUAAGAGAAUUCUUGCCACGUUUGAUUCCGGUUUUGUUAUCAAACAUGGUUUAUGCUGAUGAUGAUGAGUCUCUUGCGGAAGCGGAGGAGGAUGAUUCUCUUCCAGACAGGGAGCAGGAUCUAAAACCCCGCUUUCAUGCAUCAAGACUUCAUGGAUCAGAAGAUGCAGAAGAUGAUGUAAGUGAAUGGUUUAGCGAGCUUGAUGAUGACAUAGUCAAUGUGUGGAAUCUAAGGAAAUGUAGUGCCGCUGCUCUAGAUGUUCUGUCAAAUGUGUUUGGUGAUGAAAUUCUCCCAACAAUGAUGCCUGUUGUUCAGUCUAAGUUAGCUGCGACUGGUGACGAAUUUUGGAAGGAAAGAGAGGCAGCUGUUUUGGCUAUCGGUGCAGUGGCUGAGGGUUGCAUUAAUGGUCUUUAUCCUCAUUUGCCUCAGAUGGUGGAAUUUCUGAUCCCUCUUCUGGAUGAUAAUUUCCCCCUCAUACGGAGUAUAUCAUGCUGGACACUCUCUAGAUUCAGCAAAUACAUUGUCCAGGAGAGUGGCCAUGAGAAAGGCUAUGAACAAUUUGACAAGGUUCUUAUGGGUAUUCUGCGGAGAGUGUUGGAUAAUAACAAGAGGGUCCAAGAGGCUGCUUGUUCAGCUUUUGCUACACUUGAAGAGGAGGCUGCUGAGGGAUUGGCCCCACGCUUGGAAGUCAUUCUGCAGCACCUCAUGUGUGCUUUUGGAAAAUAUCAGAGAAGAAACCUCAGGAUUGUGUAUGAUGCUAUAGGAACUCUGGCAGAUGCUGUUGGAGCAGAGCUCAAUCAGCCAAAGUACCUUGAAAUUUUGAUGCCUCCAUUAAUUGCGAAGUGGCAGCAACUCUCAAAUACAGACAAAGAUCUAUUCCCUCUGUUAGAAUGCUUCACAUCCAUAGCACAGGCACUAAGUACAGGAUUCGCUCAGUUUGCUCAACCUGUGUUCCAAAGGUGCAUAGAGAUAAUCCACACCCAACAAUUGGCAAAGGUUGAUCCAUCUUCUGCUGGGGCUCUUUAUGAUAAGGAGUUCAUUGUCUGCUCGCUGGAUCUUCUGUCUGGACUUUCCGAAGGGCUUGGUAGUGGAAUUGAGAGUUUGGUAGCACAAAGUAGUUUGAGAGACCUGCUCCUUCAGUGCUGCAUGGAUGAUGCUUCUGAUGUUAGACAAAGUGCCUUUGCUCUUCUUGGAGACCUUUCAAGAGUAUGUGCUGUUCAUUUGCAUCCUCGUUUACCAGAGUUCCUAGAUGUUGCAGCUAAACAGUUGAAUACUCCUAACCUGAAGGAAACUCUUUCAGUAGCUAAUAAUGCUUGUUGGGCUAUUGGAGAGUUAGCUGUUAAGAUUCAAAAGGAUGUCUCCCCUGUUGUUGUCAAUGUCAUCUCGUACCUGGUGCCGAUUCUACAACACUCCGAGGAGCUAAACAAAUCACUUGUAGAAAAUACUGCAAUCACCCUUGGAAGACUUGCUUGGGUUUGUCCUGAGUUAGUGUCCCCCCACAUGGAGCAUUUUAUGCAACCUUGGUGCAUUGCUCUGUCUAUGAUACGUGAUGAUAUUGAGAAGGAAGAUGCCUUCCGGGGUCUAUGUGCAAUGGUCAGAGCUAAUCCAUCAGGAGCUCUAAGUUCACUUGUCUUAAUGUGCAAAGCAAUUGCAAGUUGGCAUGAAAUAAGAAGUGAAGAUCUACACAAUGAAGUUUGCCAAGUGUUGCAUGGUUACAAACAGAUGCUUAGGAAUGGAGCAUGGGACCAAUAUAUGUCUGCUUUGGAGCCCCCAGUAAAGGAGAAACUAUCCAAGUACCAAGUAUAGAUAUUCAAACACCAGAAAUGAUUGCCGGUCAUAUUUUUGUGCUGUCCGAUACGGUUGGAGCCAUGAGUUAUUAUUUGAGCAUGGACCUCGUGUUGGUCAUGAAGAUUCUUUCCCAGGCAAAGAAUCACUACUGGUUGCCAUGAUAUGAUAUUCCUUGAAGCUUGCAGCAAACUAUACAGCCCCUGUUGAAAACUUCAAGGGAGAGCGUUAGAGCUGGUUGCAUCUGGGGGAAAAAAUGUUUGUGUUUGAUGAAAGAAGAUGAACCGUUGAGUGGAAUAUGCCGAAACGAUGUACAGGGGCACUGUAGCUUCACAAGCUUUUGGGAUCACAUGUUCCUUGUUAGUCUUAUUGUGGAGAUCAUACAUCAUUCAAAGUUUUUCGAUUCCUGGGUUUCCCUUUUCAUUAUUGUGGUCUGCUGGUUCUCUUUAUUCUUGGGGUGGUGCAGGUUUAGAGGAUAUAGAGUGUACGUUUGAUUUCCCACAGAUCUUUGUAGGGUUGGUUUUGAAAGAACACCGAUUUCGCCGAUGUCCUAGUGAAGUCUGCAAGGUAGGCGAUGGGAUUCAGUAGAGAAACUUGUUUAGAUUUGGUUUGGUUGUACAAGCAAACUUGUGUAUGUAACACUUUUCUUCUUGAACCCCAAUCAAAACAAGUUCACUUUUGGUGUUCUAAUUUUACCAGGACAUUAUGAUGUAGGC